CAUGAACUUGUUUGAUAGUGUGAGAAACACUAUUAGACAUCUAAAUUUUUCGUUAUAAUAUAUAUAUACAUAGAAUUUAGGAUGUAAUUUAGCGUGUCCAUUUUUUUAGAAUAUAUUUUUAAAUUUUCAAAUAAGAUAAAGAAGAGGUAUGUCAAUGUCAAAAUAUAGCGGGAAAUGAGAAAUAAAUAAUAAAUUUGGAAAUUGAAUGUUUUUGGUAUAGUUUAUUUUGUUGACCUUCUAAUAAGUUUUUUAAUCGGAUACAAUUUACUGAAUCUGGAAGUAUAUUUUGAGAAUAUAAAUGGAAUUCUUGGAACCGGAACAUCAAAAAACCUAUGAAAAAUGCAAGUAUAUCGUGAAAAUAUGGGAACAUAAAUUUCAGAAAAAAUACAAAAGAGUUCCUUCAAAACUUGAUAUUAAAGAAGCUUCCAGAGAGGUGAGGAAUGCGUAUCGUAAGUAUUUUUAUUUGAAAACUGCUAUACUUGAACAGAGUUUUAAAGGCGUCGAAGGUUUUGAAGAUCUUGAAAGCGAAAAUGAUGGAGAAGAAACGACAAUUGAUCCUACUGUAACAAAUUUUCCGGACGAUUCUAUAGCAGUGAAUACAGAACAUUCUAAUAAUGAAGAAACCACAAUUUCUUCUACUUCAAAAGAUCUUAUGAACAGUUCAGUUGCAGUAAACCCCAUUAAUGAAGAUGUUUGGGGAUCCCAUUUAAAUAUCAAGCAAUAUGAAAAUAAAGUCAAUAAGGAGGAAGAGAAACCUAACUUAAAUUUAAACAUAUCAAAAAAAUUAUUUUGUGGCUCAAAAUUCACCAAAAGAAACCCAAGAAAAUCUUUGGGUCCAUCACAAAAAAAUAAAACAACUUUUGAAAAAGCAACUUUAACUCAGCCUACUCCUUCUUUUUCGAGUUUCUCAAGUGAAGAAGCUUUAACUUCUUUACAAAAUGAUUAUACAGAAAGUUUGUUCAUGGGUGUAUCACAUUCAGUUGGAUCCCUGUCGCAACCGUUAAACGUAGUGCAAACCUUUGCAAAUGCUAAUGGGCCAAAAUCUUUGAAAAGUGUUGAUAAGGAAUGGUUAAGAAGGAUUACUCAGGUUACAAAAACGUUACUUGAAGGUUCAGAUGAUUUGAGAGUUGAUAAUGUUGAAUUAACCAAAUUGGAUUAUGACAGUGAAGAUGUAAUUGAAAAUUCUGAUGAAGAAGAUUCUUACAAAUCAAUUCCUCCACUUCAUGUUGCAAAAAAACGAAAAGUUGAUAUUAGUCCCGGCUCUCAAAAAAUUGAAUCAAAAAUUCAAAACAAAACUGAUGAAACUGAAGAUAAUACACCACAUAAUGUACCUCAACCUGAAAAAAUUGAAAAUAAAUUAACAGUAGAAAAUGAAAAUAUUCUAGUUUUAAAUCAAUCAAGUACCAAUUUAGCAGUGGUCAACAGUACAUAUGAACAAACAGAUAAAACAGAUACUAUAAUUACAUCAAAAAUAAAUAAAAGUGAAACUACAACAACGUCAAAUACCAAAACUAAUAAAAAAAUCAAAAGCGACAAAGAGUUCGUCAAUAAAAACAAAACACAUGUAGCAGGUAAACAACGAGCUAAAACAUCCAAGAAAAAUCCAACACCCAAAAAUUUUACAAAAGCUACACCAGUAUCACAAAGAAGAUCUUCAAGAAAAACUAAAGUAAAAUCUAGCUUCCAAGAAUUUUCAAGUAGUGAAGAAGAUGCUUUUCAUACAGAUACUGAUGAAAAAGAUCCAGAAUAUGAAUUGAGUGCCAAAGAGAAAAAUAAGAGCGAAUUGCAAGAUGAAGAUGAACAAAUUCCAAAGAAAAACAAAAUUUCAAAAUCGUCUAAAAAAUCUAAUAAAAGAACAGUUGAUACAAACAAUUUACUAGAUGAGGGAAAUGAUAAAUAUGAUUUAGAAUUUUCCAUUAAACCUCGAAUAGUUGCUCCCAGAUAUGAUAGUGUCAAGAAUAUUUUAAAAGAGAACAAAAUUUUAAUAAGAGGUCAAAGUUCUAAGGAGAGCAAUAAUGAUGAAACAUCAAAACAUGAAAACAAAAUCAAGAACAAACAGCAGCUAAAUGAAGAAAAAUUACUUCAAAAGAUAUCUUCUGGAAGUUUGAACGACAAUUUUAUCCGCAUAAACAUCAAAAAGAAAGUUUUUGUUAGGGGAAAAACUGGAAUGAAUUUUAGUAGGUAUAAAAAAUCUCAGUGGAAAAAAGCCAAAGCUCUUUCUGGUCCAGAUAUGGACAUGGGCGGUUGUGAUGGUGGUAUGCUGACUUGUUUUAAUUGUGGGCAAGUUGGUCAUUUUGCUCAAAAAUGCAAAGCUGGAAAAGGCGAUUCUCUGCUAGCACUGGAUGCUGAAACUGAGGAAGUUUGUCCUUUCCCUACUUUAGAAGAAGCAUCAAAAAUGGCAUUAGAAGGAAAUUUAAACAUAAGGAAACCAAAAUUAGCCCUAAAGGAAAUAAAACACAAUGAAAAUGACGGUGGAGGACAUUCUAGCGACAAUGAAAUGUUUGAAGACGAUUUCAAUUGUGAAGAGUUGUUAACAGAAACUAUAAAACUCGAAGAAUAUGCCAAAAAAUUAGAUGUCAAAAUGUACUUGGAUACUGUUACAGUAGUUGAACCUUAUUAUAAAUUAAAUGAAAAUAAUGAAAUCAUUGAUACUCCCGAUGAAGUAUUUCAAAGUCUGAAACAAUUUGGCCACUCCUCAUUCCGACCGGGUCAAGAACGUGCAAUAAUGCGAAUUUUAUCUGGAAAAUCAACUUUGGUAACGCUUAGUACAGGAUCUGGUAAAAGUUUAUGUUAUCAGUUACCUGCAUAUUUGUACUCCAAAAGAGAACCAUGUAUAUCCUUAAUUAUAUCUCCUCUAGUAUCUUUGAUGGAUGACCAAAUUAUAGGUAUACCUAAGUUUAUGAAAGCUGCAUGUCUUCAUUCAAAUCAGACAGCUGUACAAAGAAAAAAGAUUAUGGAAGCAAUUUCAAUGGGAGAAUUAAGUAUUUUAUUGGUGUCACCUGAGGCAGUGGUUUCAGGUGAAAAACAAAAAGGUUUUAGUUCAUUUUUGAGAAAACUUCCACCUAUCGCCUUUGCUUGCAUCGACGAAGCUCAUUGUGUGUCUCAAUGGUCGCAUAAUUUUCGACCGAGUUAUCUUAUGAUUUGUAGGGUAUUGAGACAAAGUUUAGGUGUAAAAACUAUCCUCGGAUUGACGGCAACGGCUACGAAAGCGACUCAAAAUAGUAUUAUACAACAUUUAGAAAUACCAGACGGAGAAAAAGGAGUUAUAAAAGAUAUUCCUUUACCAGAUAAUUUACAACUUUCUGUUUCUAAAGAUAUAAAUAAGGACAAUGCAUUGUUGAUGUUGUUACUGUCCGAUAGAUUUAAAGAUUGUAAUAGCAUCAUUGUUUAUUGUACAAGGAGGCAAGAAUGCGAAAGAAUUGCUACGUUUUUGAGGACAUCACUUAAAAAUGAACGACCUACGGAGGAAGGAACUAAAAAGAGGAAACGUAUAAGUGUUCAAGCCGAACCAUAUCACGCUGGUUUAUCAGCAAGUCGCAGGAGAGCAAUACAAAACGCAUUUAUGUCUGGUGAACUUAAAAUUGUUGUUGCCACUGUAGCAUUUGGUAUGGGUAUAAAUAAAUCUGAUAUUAGAGCUGUGAUACAUUAUAAUAUGCCUAGUAGUUUUGAAAGUUAUGUUCAAGAAGUUGGAAGGGCUGGGAGAGACGGCUUAAAAGCGCAGUGCCAUGUGUUUUUGGAUCCAAAGGGCCGUGAUGAGAAUGAGCUACGCCGUCAUAUACAUUCAAAUUCUAUCGAUCGUUUUGUGAUUAGGAAAUUACUAGAAAAAAUAUUUAUUCCUUGUUCUUGUAAAGGAGAAUGUCCAAAACAUGAAGUUGCGUUUUCAAUAGAAUCAACAGUUCAAGCUUUGGAUAUUCCGGAAGAAAAUAUUUCCACACUUUUAUGUUAUUUAGAACUUCAUGAAAAUAAAUAUAUCGAACUGCUUAGUCCAGCUUACACAAUUUGCAAAGUUGUAUCUUAUUCAGGUCCUCUACAAAUUCGUAAAGUAGCCAAAGAUUGCCCCCCUUUAGCUAUGGCAUUAGCAUUACACAAAAAUAAAGAGGGAAGUUCACCCAAUGUGUUGGAAUUUCCUGUAAUAGAUGUUGCUGCUGCGAUGGGCUGGGAAAGUGGAAUUUGUAAACAUAAGCUAAAAAAUCUGGAAUGGAUUACGGUCAAUAAUCAACCAAAAAGAUCAACAAUAAACGUACAAUUUUCGGACUUGGGCUUUAGACUUUUGGCUCCUGGUAAUCUUGCAGACGAAAAAUUAGACGAAGCACUAGAAAACCUUUAUACUCGAGUUGUAGAACAAGAAAGAACAGCUUUACGUCAAUUAAAUGCAAUUCAUCAAACAUUUCUACAAGUAGCUACAUCAUCUUUUAAACAUUGUUUGCUCGAAGAAAGCGACAGCCUUAUAAAAACUAAAGUGAGAGAAUAUUUUGGUAUGCCCGAUCCUUUAAAAUUAGUACCAGAAAUAGAUUAUCCAAAAGUUGAUGAAGAACAAUUAGUGGCCGAUAUUCAUGCAAUUAUUUCGAUGUAUAGAGACAAUAAUUUCACUGGUAGAGCUAUUGCAAGAAUCUUCCAAGGUAUUCAGAGUCCCAAUUAUCCUGCAGUUAUUUGGGGGCGAUGUAAAUUUUGGAGGAGCCACCUUGAUAAGGACUUCCAUGUUAUUGCUAAAAUUUCUGCCAGAGAAAUAGUAAGACUGAGGUAGAUUAAUAAUUUUUUUAAACUAAAUGUAAAUAUUUUAUUCAUCAUUUUAUUGCUAGGAUUUAAGAUAUUAAAAAAAUAUAACAAUU